AUGAUGAAGACGUGCCGUCUGCUGUGCGCCCUGUUGGUGCUCGCCCUUUGCUGCCGCCCGUCCGUGUGCGUGGCGGAGAGUGAAGACACAGCUGGUAAAUCUGGAAAAGGUUCUGUUCCAACAAUUUCUAUGCCAGUCUACCCAAAGCAGGUAUCGGAUCCGUCAAGUAAAACUCCUUCUCCACCAAAGAUAAACGAUGAAGUGGGAGGGACGGAACAGUCACGUACAACGGGUACAGUAAUCGAGACGCCACAGUCACAAAAUACUUCCAAUAAUGCACAGGAUCAAGAUGGUGGAAAACCCACUACUGAAGAUGCAGAUAUUGAUAAGGCCAAUAUGUCAAAUGAACAAAAUAAGAAAAAAUAUGCAUCAACUGCGACAACGACGACCACGACAACUACAACACGGGCGCCAACCACCACCACUACGACGACAACGACCGCUGCGCCACAGGCACUAAGCACUACGACGACCACAGAGGCACCAACCACGACGACCACCCGCGUACCGUCACUUCUGCGCGAAAUCGACGGCAGCCUCAGCAGCUCUGCGUGGGUGUGUGCCCCGCUGCUGCUCGCUGUAUCCGCGCUGGCGUACACCGCUCUGGGCUGA